GUUUCGGUCAGGUGCAUCCACUGCAACUGCAACAGUUGUCGUGGCCGAUUGAUUGGCAUUGUUGGUCUUGAAUGUCACUGCCCCAGAAGGAACCAGCGGCGGGGGACACGUCAGGCCGCCAGGGUCGGAUGUCUGCGUUCCACUUCUCAGCUGUCAAUGAGAUCGUGUCGCCUGUGCUUCGUGACGACCAUGACGAAAUGAUGUGGGAACAUCAAGCCCUGACGCCGUCGUUCGAGUUCAAUAACGCUGCAGGUCGGUUGCGCUCCCGACGGAAUAGCUCCCAUUUGCUGCGGUCGACGUCGUAUUCUGGCCAAACGUACGGCACUUCCGGGGAAUCUGGAGACCUCGACGCGAGCAAGGACAUCACGUUGUUCGAUGGCGAGUACCAUUCCAUCUAUGUGUCGCCCGCCCCCAAAGGAUGGAGAGGCAUCCUCGUUCUCCUGCAGAGUCCCAUCUUGCUCGUGUGCAUUGGGAUUUUCGCAGCUUUUCUCGGGCUUUGGAUGGACGCCAUGAUUUUACGCGUGACGAUGUUUCACCAAGAGCUAGCGAGUCUCGGAUUUUUUGCAUUUUUGAUCUUUUCGUUGGCGAUGGGUGGCGUCGGCACGGUGCUCGUGCAUUUCGUGUGCCCACAAGCAGCUGGCUCUGGCUUGCCUCAGAUGAAGGUGGCUCUCUCUGGCGUGGACAUGCGCGAGUACUUGAGUCCGACGUGCCUCAUGGUCAAGAUGGCAGGCUUGGUCACUGCGUAUGCUGCAGGGCUGAGUAUCGGCAAGGAGGGGCCGUUCAUCAUGAUGUCGUGCUGCUUUGCAGAUAUUCUCAUGCAGAUGGGGUACUUUCGUCGCGUGUACGAGGACUCGUCCAAACGUCUGGAGAUGCUCUCGUGCGCGUGUGCGGCGGGGGUAGCUGCCACAUUUGGGACUCCGUUCGGGGGGGUGUUGUUCUCCGUGGAAGUGACUUCGUCGUUUUACAUGGUGCGCAACCUGCCGCGGUCAUUUUUUGCGGCGCUGGCCGGCGCCGUGACCAUCGCGUUCCUCGUCACUGACGGCCAGUACGGGCUCUUUGAUCGGUCGGCUGGGCUCGGCAUCACCGACACCAACUUUACCAAGGUGUUUACGUACGUGGACGCGGGCAUUUUUGUGUUUAUCGGGGUCGUGUCAGGGGUGCUGGGCGCCGUGUUUAUUUCGAUCAUUUCCGUGCUCGUGCGUGUACGAGACUCGUGGUUCUUGUCCUUGGGCGGGCCUCCGCUGCUGUACAAGCGACUGAUUGUCGUGCUGGUCGUGACCAUCAUUGCAAACGUGUCCAACUUUUACGGCGAUCCAGCGUGGUUUUUGCAUCGUGGCUCUCCGCAAAAGAUCAUUGACACAUUGUUUACGCAAUCACCGACGAGGGAAGACGGGGCGUUGCUGGCGCGGUCGCUGCUCACGUUUCUGCCUCUCAAGUACUUUUUGACCAUCGUGUGUGUGGUCGUACCCCUGCCCGCAGGCAUCUUUACGCCGACGUUUGUGAUUGGUGGGAUCUUUGGACGGCUCGUGGGCGAGGCUAUCGUGGUCACGCAGUUCGUCCCGACCAAAUUUGAACCAUACGAGUUUGCCAUCAUCGGCGCGGCGGCCUUCUCGGCGGGGGUCACGCGCGCCAUCUCCACUGCCGUCAUUAUCAUGGAGAUCAGCCACAACGGAUACCUUACAAUCCCAGUGUCCAUCUCGAUUUUAGCAGCGUACUUCACGGGAGGGCGAUUUGUCGAGAAUGUGUACGACGUGUUGAUUUCGACCGCUCGUUUGCCGCGGUUGUUAAAGCUGCCCAAAGCUGCAUAUGAUAUUCCAACGUGGGAAGUUAUGAAGACGGUGGACAAAAUCGACUUUUUAAGCGCCGACGUGUCGUACCGAAAGGCACAAGACAUGCUCACGUCGUCGCAGGAGCCGGUGUUUCCCAUCGUGGACAACACGGAGUUCAUGCACUUGAUUGGUGCCGUGACCCGCAGUCGCCUGAAGGAAGCGAUAGAUUACUGCAAGCUCAAAUCGGAAGCCCUUGCCCAAGACGGAAAGCAGGCGCAAAAGAGCCUCAUGGACUGGCGCAUUCAAUUUGCAUAUCGUCGCGGGGGGCAUAUCUUGUCCUUGGACGACAAUGCCGAAUGCACGAGGACCAAACUCACGGUGCUGAUGAACCCGAGUCCGUUUCAAGUGGUGGAAAUGACGACCAUGCAACGCGUGGACGCUGUAUUUCGCAUGCUGAAGCUCAACAAUGCGUACGUGACGCAAGCGGGUCGACUGGUGGGAGUGGUAUCACGGGCGAGGCUGAUGCGGUUUCUGGGCACUGUAAAUGAAUCAUCUAUCCCUUGAUAAAUGUGGACUUACGAAAUCUACUGAUAGGCCACCAAGUACCGCAUCCCAGGGGUCCUGCGCCACUUGUCACACAUCUUUUGCAACGUCUAUCCUGAUGAAAAGCACGACGACGCCAACUUAAAGAACGAGCCCAACGCAGACGACUACGUUCCCAUCCCGUAGUUUUCAAGAUAUAAAUGACGGAAAGGGAUAAAUAAAUAAGUGAUGACAAGGCUUAGUCCAUUUGGCGCCAACAAGUUAAACGUCCGAAAUAAUCCGGAUAUAAUGGAAACGUUCAUACGGA